AUGGAGUUCACCGCUUACCAAAGUGUCACCAUGCUGCUCCUUGUGUCUACUAUUAUGCCGAGUUCUAUCGUCUUACUUUUGGGAACAAUUAUGGCAUCAAGUUUUCUAUUUAAAUUUGGUAUCAACACCACGAUUGAGAGAUUCUGGGAUACAAUCACUCUUACUAGGCUUCUUUUUAUUAUUCAACUGCUUUUAGAGAGUAUCAUGGAUAUUCCAGACAAUUUGAAGGCUAUCGUUACGGCAUCCGCAGCGAUUAUCGACAUGUACACUCAAACAAUUGGAUUGCACGCAAUGAACACGAAGUUCCUUGCUGCCAUCGGCGAAGAUGGAUCUCCCCUGAUUCGAAAUGGACCUGAGCGAAAAGAACUUCAGUCGCUCCAGAAGUAUAGCUUCGUUGUUGCUAAGAUAGUGAUGGUUGUUGGUGCAAUUCUUUUAGUAUCUGUUGGUGUCAUUUUUAUCGCUGUUGUCGUUCAAUUUGUAUCCACUAUCAGAUAA